CACCGGACCGGAGCCGAAUGGAGAGGAGCGAAGCCCGCGCGCGACCCAGACACAGGCGCCGGAGGAAGAAGGCGCGAAAAGGCUCCGAGGGGGAGGGGCCGCUGCACUCUCCCCUCCCUCGGCCCAAGAAGUGGGAGCGAAGCCUCCCCUCUCCUUCUUCUCGCCCCGUCACGUGAGAGCGGAUCCAGCCUGUGUGUGGUGGCGGCAGGACUCUGUUGGGGGGAGCGUGCCGUUUCAGACGUGAUAGCAGCCCGCAAGACCACUGGUGAAUAAUGUGUGGACGCACAGCUGUUACUCUGGGAGCUGAGGGUCUCCGCCGUGCUUGUGAGUACCAUGAUAAUCAAGGGAGGAGAAUGCACCCUGAAUGGAAAAAUGCUGACAAAUAUAGUCCGUCCUACAAUAAGAGCCCACAAUCUAACAGCCCUGUGCUUCUUUCUCGACAACACUUUGAAAAGAUACUAUUUUUCAAGAUUUCUUUCUGCUUUAUCAAAGGAUGUCAGUUCUUCUGAACGUAUUCUUGUAGCCAUGCGUUGGGGGCUGGUUCCAGCCUGGUUCAAGGAAGCUGACCCAUCGAAAAUGCAGUAUAACACUUCCAAUUGUCGCAGUGAUACCAUGAUGGAGAAACUCUCCUACAAGGGACCUCUUGUCAAAGGCAAACGUUGUGUGGUGCUGGCUGAUGGCUACUAUGAAUGGCAACAGUGCAAUGGACAGAAGCAACCCUAUUUCAUUUAUUUCCCUCAGGCAGAACAAAAAAGGUUCAACAAACCAGAUGUGGAGGAGAACGAAGAUUCAGAUGGCCGGAGGUUACUCACCAUGGCUGGUAUCUUUGAUUGCUGGGAGCCCCUCAGUGGAGGAGAAACACUGUACAGCUAUACCAUCAUCACAGUAGAUGCUUCUAAAAGCAUAAGCUCCAUCCAUCACAGGAUGCCAGCCAUCUUGGAUGGAGAUGAGGCUGUUAGAAAAUGGCUGGAUUUUGCAGAAGUACCCACAGAGGAAGCCCUUGCACUUAUCCAUCCCACAGAGAACCUUCUCUUCCACCCAGUCUCAACCAUAGUGAACAACUCCCGAAACAAUACACCAGAAUGCCUUGUACCUGUUGAACUGGAUCUCAAGAAAGAGGCCAGAGUAAAUGCAAGUAGCAAAGUGAUGUUGAAUUGGUUAAAUGGAUCUCCCAAGAAAAAGGAAAAAGAUGACUUACCAAGAUGGUCCAGCCAGUUCAUCCAGACAGCAGCAACCAAGAGAACCAGUGCAAAUAUAAUGCACCAGUGGCUCAAGAAGGAAGAGGGGGAACCUUCUGCAAAGCAGUCAAAAACAUCAGUGACCUUUUAACCCUUUCACUUUAUUUGUAUGUAUACAGGCCCAGUAAACUUGUUCUUAGACAUGUGUGCUUGCUGCACUGAACAUUUAAAUUUGGCCGUCUACUUACUUGAAAUUGUGGUGUGGAAUUGCAAAUGUAGGAUGGUAGGAUCUGCAGUUCAACCACUGACAAGCAAAGGUUGCCUCUACCCCUACUCUAAACCCUUACAUGGAGAAAGCUAAUCACUUUUGAUGGUUUGAGCUCUGCUGCUGCUUCCACAGAAUGAAAGUAACUGCUAUUUUGGUGUGUUCUUGAACCAGUACAAAUGGCUUUUUGUCCCUGAACUUAUUUUACAAGACCUGAAAUGUCUGCUUUAUGCACUUUGCUUAUUUCGAAGGAUGGGCUGAAUCAGUGGAGAAACUGUUCCAAUAAAGAGCAAUAUCAGCAGCUAAUAUUUUAAUUGUAGUUGUCCAAAUCUGUAAUAAGAGGAUGAGUGGCAACGCUUCAAUAUGCUGGCACUGCAGGAGGAGUGAGAGUUUUGACCUGCCUUGUAAGCAGACAUAAAAUAAAUGAUAAUCAGUGGGAAUUAAGUGCCUCACACUACUAAAAUAGCUUUUGUGUUUAAACAAGUUUAAAUUGUUCAAAUUUCCUUCUCUUGGGUUAUUAGUUUUGAACUUGCCAGUAUUAAUCUUUGCGCAGGGGGUGGUAAGUGGGUAGAGAACCAAACAGCUGCAUCCACAAGUCUGCUUUGCAGCCACCUUGUCAAAGGAGGGACUCUGAAAGUGGAAUGGAAAGCAUUUAUGCUACAAAGAACACAAUUGCUCUUUUUAUGAGGGUGAGAAUUAUCUCUGAACUUGUUGGAAAAUGUCCUGUUAAAAGUUGAUCUACAGAAACGAUGAAAGCGAUUGUGUGUGGUGUUUGGUCUCAAGUGUUUUAAUAAGCAGUGAAAACUCUUACUAAAGCUGACCAUUUUAGUGAAGACUUUGGAAAGAGAGCAUUAGUUAGUUGCCUUUUAAACAAUGGUUGUAGAAAAUAAAAAGUAUUCAACUAGA